ACAUUCUAGCUCUACGGACGCCAUUUUAGAACCUACAAACGACAUCAGAGAAGACGGAGGAAGAACAAAUUCGCCUUUUGUCGACGCAGGACUGCAAUUAUUUAGGUGACUUUCUUAAGCCAGAUGAGACAAUCGAAGAGAAUGCGCUCUCCCUGGCUGAGAGAGACGAGUCUAGAGGAGAGAAUGGAGAACAGAAAAAGACACCGACGAGACUCGCACAGCAGCGAGAGAGAGAAUAAAUACAGAAAAAAACACCAUGUUCAUGAUCACCACAAGACCAGCGAAGGGCAUUACCUUGAGACAAGGAGCUCAAAUGAAAGACUGGAAACUAAAGAGAAGCGAGCUGUAUUCAGAGACCAUGAGGACGGCAGCCAUGCUGCCUGUAAAGACAAGGAGAGAGACCGAGAUCGGGACAGAUCCAGAUGCCGUGAGAGAGACAGAGACUGGCACCAUUACAGCAAAUCCUCUGGGAACAGCAGGCGGAGCAGCCGGCACAGACACCGGCACCGUCGCUCGCAUAAUCACUCUGACUCGAGGAGCCAUCGCAGGAAAAGAUCCAGGAGUAUUGAGGAUGAUGAGGAAGGGCACCUGAUCUAUCACAGUGGAGACAUGCUGAGAGCAAGAUAUGAGAUUGUGUGCACACUCGGAGAGGGAGCCUUUGGCAAAGUGGUGGAGUGCAUUGAUCAUGAAAAGGGAGGAGCUCGUGUUGCGCUGAAGAUCAUUAAAAACAUUGAUCGUUAUCGUGAUGCAGCCAUGUCUGAGGUUGAGGUGCUGGAGCAGAUCAACUCACUUGACUGUGACAGACGAUAUGCUUGUGUGCGGAUGUAUGACUGGUUUGAUCACCAUGGGCACGUCUGCAUUGCCUUUGAGCUGUUGGGCUUGAGCACGUAUGAUUUUCUGAAGGAAAAUAGUUUUCAGCCCUUCUCUAUCAACCACAUCAGGCACAUGGCCUACCAGAUCAUCAGAGCAGUCAGAUUUCUUCAUAAGCAUAAGCUGAUACACACUGACCUGAAACCAGAGAACAUCCUUUUUGUUAAUUCAGAGUAUGACAUCAAGUACAAUUCAAAAAUGAAGAGGGAUGAGAGAACUCUGAAGAAUCCUGAUGUAAAAGUAGUUGAUUUCGGGAAUGCAACGUACGAACACGAGUAUCAUACAUCUGUGGUGUCCACCCGACAUUACCGUGCUCCAGAGGUUAUUCUGGAUCUGGGUUGGAGUCAUUCCUGUGACGUGUGGAGUGUGGGAUGCAUUCUUAUCGAGUAUUAUCUGGGAUCGACUCUGUUUCAGACACAUGACAGUAAAGAGCAUCUGGCCAUGAUGGAGCGAGUGCUGGGCCCCAUACCUACCCACAUGCUGCAAAAAACAAGGAAGAGCAGGUAUGUUCGUCAUGAUAAACUGGACUGGGAGAUUCACAGCUCCAUGGGGCGUUACGUCAGGAAGCAGUGCAAGCCCCUGAGACAAUACUUGGCCUCCAGUAGCUCUGAGCACAAGCAGCUGUUUGAUCUCAUAGAGAGGAUGCUUGAAUAUGACGUCACUAAGAGGAUUACCUUGGAUGAAGCCAUCAAACACCCUUUUUUCGACUGUAUCAAGAAAAACAAGAAAUAGUGGAUUUUUGUUUUGCUGUAGUUCCUCUCUGAGAGAGGCCAGUUCAGUUGACUGUAUCAGUCCUUUGUAUAGAUCAUGUACUGCUCUUCUCAUCGUUCAUUCUGUGACCUCUUGCUCUUGAGUUCGCCACUGAUUUGUUACUGAAUCACAUGAUUGAGGAUAAUAUAUAAGUGUAAAGCAGCUGGGUUUUAGGGUAUUAGGUGUGUAGUAUGAUUGUCAGAUUUGUUAGCAUUAUCAAUAUGAACCUAGUGAUAUUUGUAAAUGUCUUUUCUGUUUUGUUUCACUUGAUUUUUAAAUAAAAGCAGUUCCUGAUCUGAA